AUGAAUGGUAAGUGGAUUUUUUAGUGAACGUCUCAAAAACUUUGCAAUUUUUCCAGACGCUCCAGUCCCGGAGACACUUGAAGAGUUGUCGGCGUGGCAGACACGACUCGUGGCUCACGUUUACCGAAAAAUCAAUGAAACGGCGGAUCCGACACCGUUGGACGCCGCCGAAUUGGACAAUCUUCAGACGAACAUCAUGAUGAUUCACUUUCAAAAAGAGGCCCUCAAAUUCAAGAAAGCCUACCGCGAAACGAUGGAGGAUUGCGUCGAAAAAGAGGAGAAACUGCGCGAGAGACAGGAAAAAGUGGGCGAAGUGAAGGAACGUCUUCAGAAGGUCACCAAACUGAUGGUCCAGAUGCGGACGGUGUGGAUGAAGAAUGAGAAAAAGUUGGAGGAGGCGGAGAAGAAAAUGCGGAAGAUGACCGCCGAGAUGGAGAAGUUGGAGACCAAUUUUCAGAGAGGUACGUUUAGUAUUCUGGAAAGUUGUCAAGAGCAAAAAUAAAGUUCAAAAUGAGCGCUACAUUUUUGCAGUUGACAACUUUUUGAUUAGACUAAUCCUAAGAGUACUGUAGCUCUUGGAAGUUAGCAUGGACUUAUAGCUUCUAUAAACAAACUUCCAAGAGCUACAGUAUCCGGAGGAGCAGUCGUAGCAAAAAGUUGUUGUGAACAAAAAUAAAGUGCGUCUUAUAAACUUUAUUUUUGUAGUUGACUUUUUUCCUUUACCUACACUCCCAAGGCUACUGUAGCAGAGAAUAUACCGCGCAUUCAAAAUUGUUAAUUUUUCAGUGUCCCGCGAGCUGGCGCUUUCCAAUCAAAAACUGGAGGCUCAAAAUGGAGAAAGUAUGUUUUUGGCUUUUGGCCACGUCACUUCUCAAUUCAAACUCACAGAUAUUGUACACUUUUCAGUGUGUCAACAAGCUGAAGGCGACAAUAUCGAUGGAUUGGAGCAGUGA